CUCGAAAUGCAGAGUUCUACGAGCUUUUACGCACAAUUCUCCGAGCAAUUUCAAAUCCAGGCGCAAAUGCAGGAAUAUCAUUCUUAUGCCCCCGGGCUUCAGGGCCACUUGUUACACGCAGACUGGAAAGCUACAGCCAGCAUUCAAUACCUACCACGCACAGCUCAACCAUCUCAGAGCUCGAGUUCGAGCACACUCAACAUGAAUCUUGCGCCACAGUCGAAUACGCAAGAUGCGGACGCGGUGAUGAUGGCGUACUCAGCACCACAAGAACCACGAACCACGCCUGAAAAAGCUCGCAAAUCGUUUGUCAGAGCUCGACUAGCCUGCUUGUCAUGUCGUCAGAGCAAAAGAAAAUGCGAUCAACAACGACCUUGUGAAGGUUGCAGGCAGCGGGGUCAGGAAGAGGACUGUCUCUACGAUGAGGUGGUCAAGACGCAACAGCUCGAAAAAGUGGUUGAAUCAAUCGAGGAGCUGUCGCAGACGAUAAGGCAAAUGACGAAGGAAAUGACUUUACUGAGUCAAAGGCUGUCCGCGAUUUUGGAUCGAGAUGCCCUUCGGCCAUGGAACCAAGACCAAGAGUCCACUUGAGCUUGUGGAUCUGGUCCGUUGGUGUGAUGUUGUCAAGUACACCAGAGCAAGCAUUCCAUCAAGUAACGUCUCAGUACAACGAAAUUGAUCUUUAUGGUACAUGAAUAUGAGAAAUGAUGACUCCCGU